GCUUCGAGUUUGAAGAGGACUACUUUUCUGCGGAGAGCUUUUGUAGAGUUCCUCCGGUCCGAGGGACUAUUCUGCAAAAAAAAGACCAAGGCGUUCCUGUGCUCCGCGAGGUUUUAUCUCCUCCUAUAAAAACCGCCCCUUUCCUUCGUCUUCCAAACUCUUGACACCCAAAAAUCUCUCGUCCCAAGCAAAACAAAAAAAACCCAAGAAAAAGAAAGAAAAAAAGAAAGAAGAGUUUCAUAUAUUGCCGUCGGAUCCGGUCACCGCCCGGUAACGUGAAUGGUGACGGCGUCGGAGAGAGGAAUGCGAUUGGGGAAAUACGAGAUCGGAAGGACGCUGGGGGAGGGCAAUUUCGGAAAGGUCAAAUUUGCACGCCACGUGGAAUCCGGCCAUCCCUACGCCGUCAAAGUCCUCGACCGCAAGCGGAUCCUCGACCUCAAGAUCGACGAUCAGAUAAAGAGGGAGAUUGGAACGUUGAAACUGCUCAAGCAUCCCAACGUUGUGCGGUUACAUGAGGUAUCAGCAAGCAAAACCAAGAUUUAUAUGGUCCUUGAAUAUGUAAAAGGGGGUGAAUUGUUUGACAAAAUUGCAUCAAAGGGAAGACUUUCAGAACGUGAAGGCCGGAGACUUUUUCAACAACUAAUUGAUGCUAUUAGUUAUUGCCACAGCAGAGGGGUUUAUCACAGGGACUUGAAGCCAGAAAAUGUUCUUGUUGAUGCACACGGAAACAUUAAGAUAUCAGAUUUCGGUCUGAGCGCUUUACCGCAACAUCUUGGGAAUGAUGGAUUAUUGCAUACAACCUGCGGGAGUCCUAAUUACAUUGCCCCUGAGGUCCUUUUAAACAGAGGAUAUGAUGGUGCAAUGUCAGAUAUUUGGUCUUGUGGUGUGAUCCUCUAUGUCGUUCUUACUGGAUCUCUUCCAUUCGAUGAUAGAAACAUGGCUGUUCUUUAUCAGAAGAUAUUCAAGGGCGACUUCCACACUCCCAAAUGGCUCCCCACCGGAGCUGCUAACUUGAUUCACAGGAUUCUUGACCCAAACCCUAAGACUCGGAUCAAUGUUGAUGGAAUCAUAGCAGAUGAUUGGUUUAAAAACGAUUACACGCCUGUAAUUCCGUAUGAUGAUGACGAAGAUGAUACAAGAUUUGAUGACGUCGCUGUUGAGGACAGAGAGAUUGAUGGGGCAGAUGAUAAUGGAAAAAAAAUCCCCACCCACAUCAAUGCUUUUCAACUAAUUGGAAUGUCCUCAUACCUUGACCUUUCGGGCUUCUUUGAGAAAGAGGAUGUUUCUGAAAGGAAGAUUAGAUUCACCUCAAAUUAUUCACCAAAUGAUUUAUUUAAAAAGAUAGAGGACAUUGUGACAGAAAUGGGAUUCCAAGUUCAGAGGUGUCAUCGCAAGUUGAAAGUUAUGCAACAACAAAGGGGUUCAUCAAGCCCAAAAACCCCAGGGUCCCUUUCAGUUGCUGCAGAGGUGUUCGAGCUUGGUCCAUCUCUGUAUGUCGUAGAAUUAAGGAAGUCGCAAGGAGAUUCCUCAUUGUAUAGACAGUUAUGCUCAAAACUAUCGGGAGAUUUGGGUGCCUGUGGAAGUCAUCAUCUAAUGAAACCGCAGGCUUUAAUGCCAGAGCUUAACGGGUUUGAAGGGGAAAUGCCUGUUGCUGCUUUGUAAUAGUGUAUAUGUAGUCUUAUUCAUUUAAGAAGUACAAGCAAAAGCCUGAGCUUCCUUAUCUUUAGAAAGUAUAAAAGUGUAGAGUCCGAGUACAAGGAGAGAGUAGAACAAACAAAUGUAGACGUUUUUUCAUUUUCUGGAUAUAACGGACUUGCUUUGGAAUUC